AAAAUAUCUAUUUGUGUUAAGCGCGGAUCAAGAUAUUAUAUAGGACUUGACACGAGAUGAAUAUUAUUGUGGUUACGACCAAUGAAUCAUAAACAUUUCUAGUUCCAAAAGUAUCCACGAAGACGGCGCUAGUAAUGCUAAAAGGAAAAUAUCCCCCCGAACUCUGCCUGUUGUACUACAUUUCGUGGUCAACCCCCUACACCCUCCAACCUUGUCUUGACCAGUCCUGUACAUCUAGUUCGUGGUGUUAAGACAUCUAUAACCUCAAAAUAUGUUCAUGUUCGUUCCCGUAUGAUAAGCACAAAUGGCCUAUCUCUGGUGGAGACUUCUCCAAGUUCGUUUAUGAUACAAUUAUAUGGAAAUAAAUAAUAAUAAUAAUAUGCACAAUUGAUAAUACAUAUUUUGUUUUUAACUACAAAUCGCAAUACUUUUAAUUAAAAAAUCGCAUAAUAUAUAAGUUCUAAGUCCGUCGAAUCAUUGUUGUAAUGAGUAAUAGAAUGUGUUGUGUCGUGGAUUGUCAUAAUACUUAUAGAAAUACGAAAGGCAAAGGUGUGACCUUUUAUACUUUCCCAAGUAAAAAACACGAACAACACAUUAAAAAACUUUGGAUUCGAGCUAUUAGGCGUGUUAAUGAAAAUGGUGAACCGUGGGAGCCAAUUCGAAGCAGUCUAGUUUGCAGUUCUCAUUUUGUUAACAAUAAGUGUUCAAAAGAUCCAAAGAGUCCUUCUUUCAUUCCAACAAUAUUCCCAGAAAUAUACAAAAAAAAAUCAUCAAACCAUCAUCAACAAACAGCUAGGUAUAAGCGAACUUGUAACCGCCAAGAAAAUAAUGCCACUAUUGACACGAUUGUUACUAAUGAUACUGACACGAUUGUUACUAAUGAUAUUGACACAAUUGUUACUAAUGAUAUUGACACUAUUGAACCUUACAUAAGUAAUGAUAAUAUAAAAUCUGUUCGUAAUGUUAGCACUCAAGCAGCUUUUGAAGUUAAUGACAUAGAAAUAUUCACUUUUGAUUGUUGUUUCAUUGAUAGCAAUAAUGUUAAGACACAAGUUUCUAUGCCAUAUAAAUUUAAUUCUUAUACUUUAGGUGGUAGGCCUACAACUAGAGAUCAGUCUUGUGGUCUAGACACUCCAGAUCAAUUAAUACCUAAAACUUUUUGGAGCUAUGAAUCUGUUAAGAAUGAAUCACAACUAAAGAGUUUAACUGGGACAUCAUUUCAAGUUUUUAAAUUAUUACUGAAAUUCAUUCCAGAAUCAUCACAUAACACUGUAACAAGAGAAAACAGACUAUUUAUCUUUUUAUUGAUAAUUAAACUUGGUUUAUCAUAUUCAGCUCUAAGUGCAUUUUUUAAGAUAAGUCCUUCAACAGUUACUAGAAUAUUUUAUGAUUGUUUACAUUAUUUGUCAAUUAAAACUAAAAAAUUUAUUUUUUGGCCAGAUAAAAGUACUGUUUCAGCAACAUUGCCUGAAUCAUUUAACAUAAAAUAUCCUAAUUUCCGAUGUAUUAUUGGUUGUACAGAAAUAAAAACUGAACAACCUGAUACAGUUGAACGAAAGGUUUAUUUGUACUCUAGAUACGAACGUUGUUACACCAUUAAAAUUUUAGUGGCAAUAACACCAAAUGGUUUAAUACGUUUUGUAUCUAGUUGUUAUGGAGGAAGUCAAAGUAAUUCUAUAAUUACAUAUGAUAGUGGUAUCCUUUCAAAAUUAGAACCGGGAGAUGUUGUAUGUGGGGAUGAAGGAUUUCCUGGUACUGAAGCUUCUUGUGAAAAUUCCAACUGCAAUUUAGUAGCGACUCCAAUUUCGCACCAGAGUGGGUUCAUUGAAGAUGAAGUUAUGGAAACCCGUGAUAUUUUAACUAGUGAGAUGGAGAAAGUGUUUUUUAGGCUUAAAACACAUGGUAUACUAAAUAAAAUAUCCAUUGAUUUAAUACCAGUGAUUGAUGAAAUUAUUCAUAUUUGUUGUGCAUUAACUAAUCUCCAACUGCUAAUAUUAAAGAAAUAAUUUUAAGUUAUAAUAAUAAGUUUAUUUGUAAAUAAAGACUAUAAUAAAUAUUUAUAUUAAAAGUACAUUUUUUUUAUAUUAUGUAUGACAAUGUAAUAGCACAGCUUAUAUGUUUGAAUAAUAAAAAAAAU